AUGGCACGAGCCACAUUGACGGGCCUUCCAGAGGAGAUCUUACUUCAGAUCCUCUCUCUCCUCGAGCCACCCGAAUUGACCAGACUGCAGCUGACGUCUCGAGUGUUACGCUCGCUGGCACGCGAUGACAACCUCUGGCGCGCCCGAUGCUUCGACCAGAGCCUCUUCCUCGAGACGUUAGACCGAAGGCGCCGUAUACAUGCCUUGAUCGAGAACGAGAAGGGACAGGACCCCCUUCCUCAGCCGGGCUUUCCGCUGGGCCUCGGGCACAAUGGCUCAAUUUUUGGUGGGGAAAGUGAAGACCACGAGAGUCGAAAACGGGAGCGUGUUCGCAUCAUGGCCAACUGGGAUCCUUCAUACCCCUCCGAGAAGGUGUCGUGGUACGACGAGUACAUACAACGGCAUGCGCCCAUUGCGGUCAGUUGGCUCCAGCAGCCUCAGAUUCGAGAUGGUUCCCUGGCGGAUGUUAUCGAGGCGAGAGGCCUCGCACUUUACCGGCCCAAUAGGUCGCCAGAGCAGAAUGGAACACGGGAUGUGUUGUAUGCUGUUUCGCCCCUCGACGACGGUUCCGUCUGUCUCUGGGAUGUCAAUGGAACUGAGGGCAGGAGGGGCGCAGUUGUCUCCAAGAGCAGGCCGGGCAUACUAUUCAUCGAUGGGCCGAGCGCAGAUAAUAGUAGAAGGUCAAAGAGGGUAGACUCGGGUGUCACCGAGUGUGUUGCUGUGGAUAGUGUGCGGCAUCGCGCCUAUUUUGCCGUUCAAAGCCGUAUGUACCAGAACCCCCAACAUCCCACCACGCCGAGCUGCACACCACUAACUCGGGGUCUCGGACCAGAUCUGAUCGAAGUUGACCUGCAGAGGCUCUCUGUGGUUGGUUGUGAAUCGUUCCCCUGGUCCAUAACAGCCUUGUCUACCGCCCACCACAAUCUUCCGCUCACCGUCGGCACCAGCCUGGGCAUCCAUAUGCAUGACUUCAGGGCACCCAGUUCUCUAGCCCCAGAUCCUCGGGAUGGGAUCGAUGAGUUCGAUGUGACGGGGGCUCAAGAGUACUACGAGAGGAGUUUAAGGGUCAUAUUCGACGACGACCCUCUGCCCCCCUACGCCCCGCUCUCGCAGCCAGGACCGCUGAGCAUACUUCAUCUACAGAGGCCGGGCGCUGAAGCGGAUAUCUCUGACGACGUUUUCGUCGCAGGCAGGUUUUCCAAUAUCCUACAUUAUGAUAGGCGAAAAUUCCCUUCUAUCCAGGGCUCCAUCCACUCCGGGGCGAGGCUCUGUGCCAUGACAUCGUUACCUUUUCCGUAUUCGACCGUGGACAGCGAGCUCCGCCGCGCAGGGCAACUGUCGGUGAAUAAAGUGGCCAAGAGCAAGUCAAUGACUGGAGGAAGGACCCUGAUCGCCUGCGGGGAGUACAACACUAAGGGAUCCCUGGAGCUGUAUGGCUUAUCUCCGUCGUCAGAAGCAUCGACCAUGGCAGCCGGCGGCCUGCAACAGUCCACUCUGAAAAACCGACAGACGUCAUCGCAGUCCAAACUCCUGUCAGUUGCUAAUCAUGGCACGAGAUUAGUCUUCUCCGACGGGUCGGGGUUAAUCAAGUGGUUCGAAAGGGACGGUUGCACCGAGGUGAGGCGUCACAGAAUCGGACAUUGCGAGGGGGCACAAGGGCCAUCACUGUUCGCGUCGAUGCCAGGAUCCGACGACAUAGCAAGGAAAAUCCUGUGCACCAGUUCAGGGGUGGAUAAUGGGCGGGUCAACGAUAAUGACCUACUGUUUUGGACCGGCGAAAAGCUCGGGCUAGUCGGGUUCUCCUCGCAGCCCGGCUUCAAAGCGGAUGACUUUGAAGAGGUGGUCAAGACAGCCGAGGAGGAGGCGAGAGAGGCAGAAGAACGGCAAUACCACGACAGGAUGCGACAGGCCCUCGAACGCCAGGCCGAUGACGUUAGGCUCGUGACGAAUCUCGGCUUCGGAACUAGUGUGUGA